CAACCAAAUUAUCCAGUUGCCAACUUGUAUAAAAAAACUACUACUCUCUUGGGAGAAAUGCAAGAGAAGAUGGCUUUCUUACACUAUAGUUUUCUUCUCAUACUUGUCUUCUGCAUUUGCACUGCAGAGUCUGUCAAUCCUCUGGGAAAUUUUUGCGACGACGCAACCAAAUCCAAUGAUUCUAAAACAUCAGCAAAUAUUGGAAAGGUGUUGGCUGAAUUAGUGUCAGUUUCUGCUAAAAAUAGCUUCAGUACUACCUCGUACGGUGAUGCUAAGAACCAAGUAUAUGGCCUCUACCAAUGCAGAGGAGAUGUUAGCAGCAAUGACUGCUUAAGUUGCAUCCGUGAUGCAGCAAAGGAGAUUCGGAAAAGCUGUCCGGACCAGACUGAUGCCAGAAUUUGGUAUGAUUAUUGUUUCUUGAGGUACCAAGGUAAGAAUUUCUUGGGACAAGUUGAAACAGUUCCUGGUAUAUUCUACUGGAACAUCGACUUUGUAUCUGAUCCCGACUUCUUCAAUAAAAAGCUAGCGCAACUCAAGAAUCAACUAAUUGCAGAUGCUAUUGUGCCAAUGAACAAAGGGCUCGGAAAAGGCAAGAGUAAAAUCUCACCUUUUCUCACAUUAUAUGCCUUGAUGCAAUGCACAAGGGACCUACCAAAGAUAGACUGUGCCCAGUGCCUGGCCGUAGCAGUUGGCAAUUUUCCCACUACUUGCUUAAACAGGAAAGGAUGUCGAGUCCUGUAUAGCAGUUGCUAUGUUCGUUAUGAACUCUACCCAUUUUUCUUUCCCUUAGAACCGAAAGAGAAAUUGGCCAAUGUAUCAAUGGACUACUACACAUUCAAAAUGUCUAAACCUUAAUAGGUAAUUAAUGUGUAGUAGUACUUUAUGUAUUAUGAACUUGAAAUGUCUUUUACAAGUCUGUGUUUUCAUUGUAUCAUUUCAAAUAAUUACAAAUGUAUGAGCAAACUCAGUGCAGACAGUUCCAUAAAUGUUUUGUCUGCUCAGAGAAAAGCUUUACUGGUAUGUACGCGAUAUGUGUUACAAAUUGAUCAAUUUAAGUAGCAAGCUUUUGAAUGA